AGGGUCCCGCACGCGGGGCGGGGCCGCCGGGCAGGUCCCCCGCCUCCCGGGGGCGCGCGAGGGCCGGGCGGUGCCGCCGUCCCUUCCGGGGAGCGGUGGCUGCCGCCGCGUCCGCCGGGCAGCUUCCCACCCCGCCCCCCCGCGGCUCUGGGUGACGCUUCUCCAAUAACAGCUCGCGGGGAGCCGUAGCUGGGGGCUCCGCCGGCGCCGGGGACCCUCCGCGCCAGCCCUGCCGCCGGCAUGAGGGCCGAGGGCGACGGCGGUCUGGAGCGCUUCUGCAGCCCCGGCAAGGGCCGGGGGCUGCGGGCCCUGCAGCCCUUCCAGGUGGGGGACUUGCUCUUCUCCUGCCCGGCCUACGCCUACGUGCUCACGAUCAACGAACGGGGCAACCACUGCGAGUUUUGCUUCGCCAGGAAAGAAGGAUUGUCCAAAUGUGGAAGAUGCAAGCAGGCAUUUUACUGCGAUGUGGAGUGUCAGAGAGAAGAUUGGCCCAUGCACAAGCUGGAAUGUUCUCCCAUGGUUGUUUUGGGGGAAAACUGGAAUCCCUCAGAGACUGUAAGGCUAACUGCACGGAUUCUGGCCAAACAGAAAAUCCACCCAGAGAGAACACCUUCAGAGAAAUUGUUAACCGUGAAGGAGUUUGAAUCACAUCUGGAUAAAUUAGACAAUGAGAAGAAAGGUUUGAUUCAGAGUGACAUUGCUGCUCUCCAUCACUUUUACUCCAAGCACCUUGAGUUCCCUGACAACCAUAGCCUGGUAGUUCUCUUCGCACAGGUUAACUGUAAUGGCUUCACAAUUGAAGAUGAAGAACUUUCUCAUUUGGGAUCAGCAGUAUUUCCUGAUGUUGCACUGAUGAAUCAUAGCUGUUGCCCCAAUGUCAUUGUGACCUACAAGGGGACCCUGGCAGAAGUCAGAGCUGUACAGGAAAUCCACCCUGGAGAGGAGGUUUUUACCAGCUACAUUGACCUCCUGUACCCAACAGAAGAUAGGAAUGACCGGUUAAGAGAUUCUUAUUUCUUCACCUGUGAGUGCCAGGAGUGCACCACCAAAGACAAGGAUAAGGCCAAGGUGGAAAUCCGGAAGCUCAAUGAUCCCCCAAAGGCAGAAGCCAUCCGUGACAUGGUCAGAUAUGCACGCAAUGUCAUUGAGGAGUUCCGGCGGGCCAAGCACUACAAAUCCCCUAGUGAGCUGCUGGAGAUCUGCGAGCUCAGCCAGGAGAAGAUGAGCUGUGUGUUUGAGGACAGUAACGUGUACAUGCUGCACAUGAUGUACCAGGCCAUGGGCGUCUGCUUGUACAUGCAGGACUGGGAGGGAGCCCUGCGGUACGGACAGAAAAUCAUCCAGCCCUACAGUAAGCACUAUCCUCUGUAUUCCCUCAACGUGGCCUCCAUGUGGCUGAAGCUGGGAAGAUUGUACAUGGGCCUGGAGAACAAAGCUGCUGGGGAGAGAGCUCUGAAGAAGGAAUUCAGCUUCGCCACAGCCUGGACCACAGCAACCUGCAAGUUUCUCAGCAGCUCCUGCAGAGAGGGGCACAGCCCUGAGCCCUGCAGCGCAGGGAUGUUUCUUGGAUGAGUUUCUGCUGAUCCAAAGAGAGGAACCUCCCCAUUAGGUAAUAAUUAAAGCCUGAUGGAGUUUACACUCAGCUUUCUUUCAGAUUCGUGGUCUGCAAACAGCUUGGAAACAGCUGUGAAUCUGGUCUGUUAUCCUUCUUUCCUCAUCUACAGACACCACACACAUCUCUCACUCGCAGUUAACUGCACACAGCGGAUUCAGCAGGUAGAAUGCCUUCUCUUGUUCAGUGAAGUGCGUUAAGAUGUUUACUGAAUACCUACUAUAUGCAAAACAUGCUCCAAGUGCAUAGAGAUGAAGAAGGCAUAGUCCUGGCUCUGGGGAGCUUAGUGUUUUAAGAAUGCAAAUUUACUCUGUAGCUAGGCCUAAAAUAAGCUUAGCCCAACAUCUGUCUAGGUUUUAUAAAAUUUGUAAAGGUAAUACUUUCUCAAUAAAUUUAAAUUAUAUGAAAAAGUGAGCUGUUCCUUCUUUCUCAGCAGUCCUACCACCCAGAGGUAACCACUGUGAUAGUUUGCUUAUGUGGCCCCAGUGUUUUCCACACCCGUAUAGCAUAUCUGUAUAAACAGAUUUAGAAAAACAAAGGCAGAAUGGUACUGACAUAUUUUGUAGUCUGCUUCUCUGACCUAACAAUAGGGACCCUUUUCAUUUCAGCAUUUACAGAUAUGCUUCAUUCUCUUUAGAGGCAGAACGUUGCAUGGAAUGUGUAUGUCAUAAUCUAUUCAGCUGUUCUCUUAUUUAUGGACAUGUGGGUUUUCCACUUUGCUGCUAUUAUAAACGACGCCACAGUGAACAGUCUUAGACGUAUAACUUUGCUGACAUGGGGUACCAUUUUUGGAGACAGAUUCCUAGAAGUGGAAUUUCAGUAUCAAAUAGUGGAAACUUUUUUUUAUUUGAGUA